AUGGAGUUAGGUAACGCAAAGAUAAUUCUGGUGUUUGCGAUGCGCUGGGAAGUGCCUGCGAGACACGGGAAUAUCCCGAACGCGUACGCAAAGGCCGAUCAAGAAGACCAUCUAGAUACUUUGGCGACUCCAUAG